AUAAGCCAUGGCUCAAAAGAUGGAGGUCAAAUCUGUUAUCUCUGGAGACUCUCUUGUUUUGCGUGAAGCACAAGGCAAUCCCCCGAAGGAACGAGUCUUGCAUUUAGCAGACAUAUCUGCACCUCGUAUGGGAAGCUCGGCACGCGAAGACGAGCCAUGGGCAUACGAAGCACGCGAAUACUUGCGCGCUCGAGUCGUGGGCAAGCCCGUCACGUUCACCGUCGCCCACUCGCUGCCCUCCAACGACGACACGCCCCGCGACAUUGGUUCUGCAGAGAUGCAGGGUGUUGACAUAACAACGCAACUUCUCAAAGCCGGCUGGGCCAAGCUUAAGGAGAUGAAGCGUGAGCCUACCGAGGCCGACCUCAAGAAGCGCGACCUCGAAGCGGAGGCGAAAGCUGCCGGUAAAGGCAUCUGGAACCCUCAUGGUCCCAUGGCCCGCAAAGUGCUCUACAUGAUGCCCGAGGACUCACAGGGCUUCAUCACCGAGUGGAAGGGCAAGUCCGUCGACGGUAUCGUUGAGCAGGUCAAGGACGGCUCGACUCUACGCGUUCGCUUGCUCCUACCAGACGGCGAUCAUCAGCUCGUCAACAUAACUCUUGCAGGAGUGCGCUCUCCUCGUGUUGCCAGCAAGCCGGACGAGACGUCAGAACCUUAUGGGGAAGAGGCCAAAUUCUUCACCGAGACGCGUCUUCUUCAACGCCAGAUCACGGUACAGCUCCUGUCAUUGCCUAAUGCUACCGCGACCCCCUUCCAAAGCUCUGCUAACGCGGCACCGGCACCGGCGAGCAUCUUCAUCGGAACUGCGCUGCACGCGCAAGGUGGCAACAUCGCAGAGCACCUCGUCGCGAACGGUCUUGCCCGUGUUGUCGACUGGCACGCGGGUAUGCUCGCUGCGGGCGGCGGGAUGGAACGUCUCCGACAGGCAGAACGUGCCGCGAAAGAGAAGCGCCUGAAGCUCUACGCGAACGCACCUGCACCCGCCGCAAAGGCAAACGGCCCGGUUACCAACGGCAGCACGCGUACUUUUGAUGCCGUCGUGACACGCGUAUGGAGCGGAGACCAGAUCUCCGUCGCGGAGCGCGAUUCGAGCAAAGAGCGCAGAAUACAGCUCAGUUCAACGCGUGCACCGAAGCAAACUGACCCUCGACAGGCGCAUUACGCCCUCGAAGCGCGCGAGUUCUUGAGGAAGAAGCUCACUGGCAAGCACGUCAAGGUACAUGUUGACUUCAUUCGCCCGGCCGAAGGCGAGUUCGAGGAGCGUGAAUGUGCAACUGUUCGCUAUGGCAGCCAGAAUGCGAACAUUGCCGAGCAAAUCAUCGAGAAGGGUUUUGCGACUGCGCUCCGCCAUAAGCGUGACGACGAGGACCGCUCGCCAGAUUACGACAAGCUGAUGGCCGCUGAGCAAGCUGCUGCUGCGGAGGGACGCGGCGUGCACUCUGGCAAAGAGUUUCCGCCACCAAAACAACUCAACAUCUCCGAGAGCCACAACCGUGCUGCGCCUUUCGUUAACAGCUUCAAGCGCCAGGGUCGUAUAGCAGGCGUUGUCGACUACGUAUCAUCUGGCUCUCGUUUCAAAAUCCUCAUCCCCAAGGACAACCAGGUGCUAACCCUCGUCCUCGGAGGUAUCCGCGCGCCACGCACCGCUCGCAACGCGUCAGAAAAGUCCGAGCCCUACGGUCAAGAAGCGUACGACUUCUCGUACCGCCGGUACAUGCAACGUGACGCGGAAUUUGAGAUUCACGACGUCGACAAGUCCGGCGGCUUCAUUGGCGCGCUGCACUUCAACAAAACAGAAAACGUCGCUGUGACCUUGGUGCGCGAGGGCCUCGCAAGCGUACACUCGUACUCCGCGGACAGCCUUCCCUGGUCAAGGCAGUUGUAUGACGCCGAGGAGGAGGCCAAGAAGGCGAAACGCAACAUGUGGGGAGACUACGACGAGGAGGCGGAGCAAGCUGCCCAGGUCCCACAAGAACAGGACGACGGAGCGCUCAAGCCCGAAUAUCAGGACGUGAUCAUCAGCGACGUCCGCGUCGGACCACACGGCCUCAACUUCUCCGUGCAGAUCCUGAACACCGAGGGCAUCGCGUCGCUCGAGAAGCUCAUGCGCGAGUUCUCGCUGCACCACAAGACCAUCGCCCCAACGGCGGGUUUCGCACCGAAGAGCGGCGACCUCGUAUCUGCCAAGUUUAGCGAUGGGCAGUGGUACCGCGCCAAGGUCCGGCGGGCGUCGGCGGUCAAGAAGGAGGCGGAGCUGACAUUCAUCGACUACGGCAACCAAGACACGGUUGGGUUCGCGAACAUUCGGCCACUCGAUGCACGGUUCCGUGCGUUGCCGGGCCAGGCGCAUGAUGCGCGCCUGAGCUUUAUCAAGCUGGUCGGGUCUGAGAGCGAAUACCAUACCGAGGCGAUGGACCGUUUCCGCCAGCUAUGUGAGAGCCGGAAGCUCGUCGCAAACACGGACUACCGCGAGGGUCCGCUACGGCACCUGCGGCUGAUGGACUUGGAAGAGCACGGUGCCGACCCGCUCGCGUCAAUCAACGUGGAGCUUCUGCGAGACGGCUUCGCGACAAUCGACCGCAAGGGGUGCAAGUACCUGCAGGCAUACCCGCAGGUGCUAAAGCGGAUGCAAGAGGCGAUCAACGCGGCGAAGAAGGACAGACUCGGAAUCUUCGAGUUUGGUGAUGUUGAGGAGGAUGAUUAGAUGUGCUUGGCGUUAUUCUAACUCAGGGCCCUGUGUUUGGUUCACGGGCUCGAGACGAAAUGAGAACCACCGCUGACUAGUUUUUGCAUUUAUACCAUUUAUACCAGGGAGAUGAGGGGACGUGUAGCUGUUGGGAGACAUUGUCUACCAGACGUGCGCGUGGAAAUGGAUCAUUGUACAAGGAAGCCGAUGCGAACGUCACACUCGUACCGCGGGCUCGGCCACUAACCCGAGAGAGUGAAAAAGCCAGAGCAAGCCGUUAUCGAAAGUGAGUCACCGCGGGCCGUUUUCGCGACGCUGUGCUUGAGCAGGCUUCAAAGUGAUUUGAUCUUCCCUCUAUGGAGGUUCAUUUGAUCUUGAUGCUUGAGGCCUGAGGCCUGAGGGC